AUGCGACCACCGGGCCGGCCGGUCAAGUCGGGCGGGAAAGUGACGGACUUUGAAAGUUUCCUGGACCCGACGGGUCGUCAGCGGAAUUGGCUGUCGGAGGGCGCUCAGCAGCGGGCCGGUGCUAUCGUCCCCUGGUCCAUCCUCCCGACGCCGGGGCCGAGCCCCGUGCCCACCGAUGCGGACGAGUCGUCAUCGGGUACGAACGUGCUUGAAAACACCCUGCCCGCUGACGCGGUGGAAACUAGGCAGGUCCAAUCUACCUGCAUCUUUCUCGGUCUUGUCAUUCUUCCAGAAGCUUCCAGCUGCUCCGUGACCCUCACGCAACCAGAAGGUUACAUCGACUCGUUGGACGCGCUCCCCUCAGCCGGCAAAGUCGGCUGUACGUACACCAUCUCUGUCUACGCAGGGUACGGCGUGGAGUUGGAGGUGAAGAGCGUCAACCUGUCGGAUGGCGAGCAGUUGUCCAUCAGGGGCGUGGCUGAAGGUGGGGCCUGGCUUGUGCUGGCCAACCAGACCCUGCUGGUGGAGGGGCAGGUCAUCCGUAGCCCCAGCAACACGCUCGGCGUCUUCUUCUGCUCCUCGGGCGACGAAGAUCAUGUCGGCGCUUUCCUGCUGCACUACCAGAUCUUCCGAUUGAGCUGUCCGUUCCCGAAGCGACCCCACUUCGGGGAGGUGUCGGUGCUGGAUCUCCUGCCGGGAGGCACGGCCCGCUUCCACUGCCACAUGGGCUACCACCUGCAGGGGGAACAUCUGCUCACCUGCGUCAACGCCUCGCGGCCGGCAUGGAGCCACGAGGAGCCCGUGUGCCGAGCCCUCUGUGGCGGCACGGUGAAAAACGCCACCCUGGGCCGGGUCCUGUCACCCUCGCCCCUGCACGGGUCCAAUGCCCCUCGGGAGCUCCGCUGUUCAUGGUCCCUGGAGGCUGCUGAGGGACAGAGGCUACACCUGCACCUGGAGCGCCUCCUGCUGGGACCCUCAGACAGGCUGGUCCUGCUGGGCGGCCUGGACACCGCUUCCCUGGUUCUGUUUGACUCCGGUCGGAGCCGACACGUUCCUUUCGAGGGGGUGAUCAGCGAGGGUCCCGCGGUGACGGUCCAAUUCUCCACAGAGCAGCCGGCCCAGAAUACGGGCUUCAACAUUCGCUACGAAGCAUUCGAGCGAGGUCGUUGCUACGAGCCGUACCUCCAGAAUGGCAACUUCACUACGUCGGACCACCUGUACGGCGUCGGUGCGGUGGUCCAGUUCACCUGUGACCCCGGUCACGCCCUGGAACAGGGCCCGCCCGUCAUCGAGUGCAUCAGCGCCAGGGACCCGUACUGGAACGAUACCGAACCGAUUUGUAAAGCUCAGUGCGGGGGCGACCUGAGCGGCCCGGGCGGCGUCAUCCUGUCGCCCAACUGGCCCGAGUGGUACGGUGAGGGCGAGGAGUGCACGUGGAGUGUCCACGUCGGAGAAGACAAGAGAGUGCUCGUCGAUGUACAGCUUCUCAACAUCACCGAAGGAGACUUACUGACGGUGACGGACGGCGACGAGGGUGCCGCCCACCUGCUAGGCCGCUACUCGGGGGGGCGCGCCCCCUUUAAACUCUUUUCUAGCACUCCCGACCUUAGCGUUACCUUCCACUCUGACCCGUCUGGACUGGUGUUGGGCAAAGGGGAGGGCUUCAUCAUCAAUUACAUGGAGGUUUCCCGAAACGAUUCGUGCGCCGACCUGCCCGAGAUCCAAAACGGUUGGAAGACGCGCAGCGGCAAUGACGGUACGGCGGUACGCGGAGCUCGCGUGACUUACCAGUGCGACCCGGGAUACGACCUGCAGGGCGGCGCCACCCUCACGUGUCAGCUGGACCUCUCGUGGAGUGCGCAGCCGCCGUUUUGUCAGAAGAUCAUGUACUGCUCAGACCCGGGCCACGUGGCACACGCCGCUCGCUCUCUGUCAGACCCCAAGUUGCUGGUGGGGACCACCGUCCGGUACCGCUGCGGUCCCGGGUAUAUCCUACAGGGGGGCGCCACCAUCAGCUGCUACGGCCGCGAGCCGGGGACACCCGUGUGGACCUCGCAUCUCCCGCGAUGCAUCGCCGAAGACUCUCUGUCGUGUGCCAAUCCUGGCGUCCCUGACAACGGUUACCAGGUGACGUCGAAGCGGGUCUUUCUGCCCGGGGAGACCCUGGCCUUCGUCUGUUACCAUGGUUACCAGCUAGUAGGUGACACGGCCAUCAAGUGCGUCCAGGGAAGCCCCUCCUACUGGAGCGGACCGCUGCCCAUUUGCAGGGCUGACCACGCUUGCUUUGCCAACCAUGCCUUGGAAGUGUCGCACGCCGGCGGCGAGAUGGACGGGGGCAGUUUGGCACUGGCCGCUUUUGUCCUGGUUCUUCUGACGUCCGCUCUGCUUGGAGGCGUUUACGUGCUUGCAACGCGGUGCCGCCCCAGCUCCGACCUCGGUCUGCCGCUGGCGUACCCUCACCCAUACCGACAGAUCACCGCGGAGGCCGAAUUCGACAACCCGAUCUAUGAGGCAGGCGGUGGGGAUUCUCGAGAAUAUGAGGUUUCCAUCUGA